GUUCGCAGGGUACACAGCUGUUUUAUCUGCAAGUCCAGAUACUUAUAACACAAUUCCUAAAGGUGAGCUGGCAUAUAAUUCCCACAGAGCGAGAGAGAGAGACGUCGACGGAAACCAUGAAGACUGCCAGCAAGCCGAAGCAGGAAGGUCAGAACCGAAGUCAGGCGCAGCCGCAUCGACAGCCGAAGCCGAAGCCGCAGCAGCCGGCAACAGCAGCAGCAGCGGCGGCAAUGUCGCCCGCGCCCGUCGUUCUGCCGCAGAGCGAGUCCAGCGACAGCGCCAGCACUUCGACGUCGAGUUCGCGGUGCAGCAGCCUGCACAAGUACGGGAGCAGCGCCGUGGACGGGAGCAGCACGUCGACCAGCACGGCGGCAUUGGAGACCGGAGGAGGCAAGGCUGCCGGCCGCAAGCGCAGGCACAGCGACACCACCUACCCUCGUCGCCGGAAGAGGUCUUCCUCCACCGACACCGAAGUCGCAGCGGAGACGCAAAGCCGCGGCAGCAAGUUCUGGCUGUACUCCCUGGUGGCCAUCGUGCUGACCAUCGCCACGGCCAGCGCCAUCAGCGUGUCGCUGCACGCCGCCGACGCCGAGACGGACGAGCCGAGCGAGUACGUCCUGCCCAAGCAGGCGACCGCGCGGACGCCGCAGUGCAGCUGCGCCAACGGCAGCGCCACGACCGCGGCGAAUCCCGGCGCCGUCGCCGUCCCGCGCGGCCGCCGCCGCCGCCGCCUCACCACCUCCGAACCACGACGACGGCGGACGUCGACCAGGAGCCCGGACGGGGUGGCAGCCGGCGCGGCGAACGAGACCGGCACGUUCGCUCCGGACAAGCCGGCGGCGGCAGUGGGCAGCGGCAACGCCAGCGCCGUCCAGCGGCUGGACGGCGAGGAUGCCGUGCCGGAAGACAGUGCGCCACGGGAGGUCGCCCGCAAGGUCACGCGGUCGCUCGUCGCGUACAAGAUCGGGCCGGGCCGACGAAAGCACGGCGCCGAGGCGUCGGCGGCGUCCCGAACGCCACCGAAGACCCAUACCGGCACCCGAGCGCCGCGCGAAGUGCAGACGCGCGCGAAGCAGGGACAGCCGAACCCUGCAACCAAGGUAACCGACGAGCGGCCGACGGUCAAGCACGCUGCCGGAACGAAUGAAGAGACCGCCACCUCGAAGACGGCGGCGUACGCGAAGCCCGGAGUCGAGGAGGUGGCGGACUGGGAGCAGGAGAUGAAGCUCGUCGACCGUCACGGGCCUACGCCGAGCGCUGCAAAGAAGCGGGGCGUCGGGGAGGCGUCGGGCGAAGACGGCGCCUCGAACGCGGCAGCGCAAAAUGCCGCCGCCACUGCUCCAGCGUAAUUUCAGGUCGACACAGCGAGAUCUGAAGAAGAGCGGCGACGCGCGCAUAGCGGAGGGCCUACAGCGGUCGCCACGACCCUCGUCACGCAUAUUAGGAGCACCGUGCGACCGUUAUCAGCGAGCGUGGUGGACGUUCACCCAUUAAUAAAGAUGACUAGCAAGAUUAUAUAACGUGGCAUGCUUGCAACGUGUGUCUGGGUGAUUUGGUACACUCCACCAAUCCAGAGAAAUACAAAGCGGUAAGGUUUUAAGAGUGCAAGAUCAAGAAUUUUCUGCUUUCAGAAGCACUACACAAGCGAACCACGCGGCCACAAUUCAUUUUUCGCCAUCCGGGCACCGAUAGCGGCACGGACCGCCGCGCAACACAGAACACCCGCUCACGUACUCGCCCGUACACGCCGACAUCCUCGUACCCUACCGACAAACUCUUCUAUCUUUGCAGUGUGUUCCUGGUGCAACGCCGUGCAACCUGUACCGAAACUGGUUGGUAACAAUAUUUUCGUUAAAGAAAUACAUUUUACUGCGUUUUGACAGCGAAGCUUUCUUACUACUUUGCGGUUGCUGGCUGAUACUGUCUUGCCUAUUACGCAACUUUGGCCACUGCGCGUAUGUGCCCGACACGUAUACCCAGUUUAAUAUUGCCAUUAAUUUUUCAUUAAUGUGCCGCUAGAGAGAACAUUGUGCCCCAAUUAAUAGACAACUUGGGCCAUCUGGAUACGUGCAACUAGGCAUGUAUAGCAUCAGGUAGUAAACAUUAUUUGCCAAUCACCCAGAAUGGGUGUGUGCCGCUGGGUAGGUGCUCGAAUCGGCAAGCACUACAAGAGGCAAAAGAUGAAGGUGUCCGCAAAAGAAAGUUGAAGUGAGCUACACAGAAGUGAACAAGUCGGCAUGAAAAGCAGUCUAGUGGGGAGAAGGAAGUGAACAGAACGUAACCAGAGUGUGCAUUGAGA